AUGGCAAGGUAUUGGUGUAAACAGUGUGAAGUGUUUGUUGAUGAUAACAAAAUCGCCAGAAAGCAUCAUGAAGAUUCUGCAAAACAUAAAAACUCAUUGAUACGAUCAAUCUCAAAAUUACAUCAAAAGAACAAGGAUGAACAUAGAGAAAAGUUUUUAGCUGAAAAGGAAUUACGUGAAAUAAAUAAAGAGCUGGGGAUUAAACCAGUUUUUCAAAAGAGACCCAAGGUUGAAAAGAAGGAAACAAAAUCAGAGGUUAGUGAAAUAGAAGAGAAGAGUCAAGAACCAGUGAUUGGUGAAUGGAGUACCGUUGAAACCUCAAAAGAAGUUACGCCAGUUACACCUAUUGAAAAAGAGCCAGAGAAUAGAAACAGCAUACCCAAACCUUCCAAGAAACAAUCAGCAGGAGAUCUUGAAACUAAAAAUUGGGAUCUGAAUACAAAGAAACAAAUUGACACAUUUUCAAGUGAUGAUGAAGAUAAACCAAAAUCAACCUUAUUCAAAAAGAGGAAAAUAAAAAAAACUACAUCAAACUGAUAGUCAU